AUGACCCUCUUGUAUCUAUAUUAUGUCUUUACAUUAACUUUUAAGUACAAUGGUACAGCUCCUGAUUGGCAAGUACAGCGCUGUAAUGUGUCUGGGGUGUGGUUAAAUGAGCUUGGCUCUGUGCUCAACCUAUCAGCAGAUGGGCCCCGUCUCAGUGGUACUUUCCACUCAUCUGUGGAGUCUUCAUCUGGAGCAACAGGAGAGGGAAUGAUUGGAAAGGUGCUUGGAAUUGUGGGACAAAGUGAUCAGCCUACCUUCACAAUGUCUGUCCUCUGGGAAGGAGGUUCAGUCUCUACAUGGGCUGGUCAGUGCUUCUUGCAGUCACAUCACCCUGUCCUAAGGACCAUAUGGCUACUGCGAACUGAGGCCUCCAGUGAGGACCAGAACUGGUCAGCCACUAGGAUUGGAGAAAACACCUUUCAUCCCAAGAAGCCACGUCACAAUCAACCAUCUGGGUCAAAAUAA